UCUCUGGCUCGCAUCGCCUCUACUCUCCUAUCCCGACUGACGUUGGACAACAAAGAUGGCGGCAGGAACCAGCAAUUACUGGGAAGAUCUCAGGAAACAGGCUCGACAGCUGGAAAAUGAACUGGACCUGAAACUAGUUUCCUUCAGUAAACUAUGUACAAGUUACAGUCACAGCAGUGCCCGAGAUGGAAGACGCGACAGGUAUAGCUCUGACACAACACCCCUUUUAAAUGGAUCAAGCCAAGACAGAAUGUUUGAAACUAUGGCGAUUGAGAUUGAACAGCUUUUGGCAAGGCUUACGGGAGUAAAUGAUAAAAUGGCAGAAUAUACCAACAGUGCCGGUGUCCCGUCCUUGAAUGCGGCAUUGAUGCAUACAUUGCAGCGACAUAGAGACAUAUUGCAGGAUUAUACACAUGAAUUCCAUAAAACCAAAGCAAACUUUGUGGCAAUACGGGAAAGGGAGAAUCUCAUGGGAUCAGUACGAAAGGAUAUUGAGUCAUAUAAAAGUGGGUCUGGAGUAAACAACAGAAGAACUGAACUAUUUUUGAAAGAACAUGACCACCUUCGAAACUCAGAUCGUCUAAUAGAAGAGACAAUAAGCAUUGCUAUGGCAACAAAAGAAAAUAUGACUUCACAGAGAGGAAUGUUGAAGUCAAUUCAGAGCAAAAUGAACACUUUGGCUAAUCGUUUUCCUGCUGUGAACAGCCUUAUCCAGAGGGUCAACCUUAGGAAGCGGCGAGACUCACUCAUCCUGGGUGGUGUUAUUGGUGUCUGUACCAUCCUAUUGCUGCUGUAUGCUUUCCAUUGAUGAGACAUCUCCAGGGACUCUUGACAACCACCACUUUCACACCCUGAUCCGGAAUAAGAAAAAGUAGGAAGGAGAAGUUGACUGACCUGAUAAUUAGCCUGACCGGCAGGAUUAAUUCAAGACUGAUAGUGAUGGACUCUGUGACAUGGUCAGGUUGAGCUGAAGUCACAGGUUUUCUGUGCUAUCUUUUCUAACACACAUUUCCUUCUGUUUUUAGUUAAAAGAAAAUAAUAAAUGUUUUCAGUUGCUUUUGUCUCCCGGAGAGGUAAGUAAACCCAUCAGAAACACAGUUUCCGUGCCUCGGUGAAAGUGUUGAAGGCUGAUGACAAGCCCAGUCUUACAGCUGGAUUCUUCAGAAAACCAGGUUUCUCUAUAUCCAAAGACUGCUUUCCUUUCAGCCACCAGAUGGGGGUUGUGAAUAAAAAUAGUUUUUGUCCUUUUAUUUUACACUCAUGAUGAGAAA